AUGACCGACAUCGGCCGCCAUUUCACACCCCCCAACCGAGUGCUCAUGGGGCCCGGACCGAGUGAGGUUCCAGCGCCGAUCCUGGCCGCUCUGGCGCGGCCAACGAUCGGUCAUCUGGACCCUGAGUACCUGCGGCUGAUGGAAGAGAUCAGCGGCAUGCUGCGGCAGGUGUUUCGCACUGACAACCACCUCACCUUGGCGCUGCCCGGCACCGGUACCAGCGGCAUGGAGGCCACCGUCGCCAACCUGAUCGAGCCCGGUGAUCGCAUGUUGGUGGUGGUGGCGGGCUAUUUCGGUGGUCGGCUGGCGGAGAUCGGUCAACGAUGCGGCGCCGAGGUCGACCGGCUCGAAGUCGAAUGGGGCAAGACCGCCUUAUCCGAGCAGGUGCGCAAAGCGCUGGCCCGGCAGCCGGACACCAAGGUGGUGGCGAUCGUCCACGCCGAAACCUCGACCGGUGCUCACCAGCCACUGGAAGAAAUUUCGGCCGAGGUUCACGCCGCCGGCGCCUUGCUCUUGGUCGACGCCGUGACCUCGCUGGCCGGGCUCGACUUGCGGGUAGACGACUGGCAGAUCGACGCCUGUUACAGCGGCACUCAGAAGUGCCUGUCUUGCCCGCCGGGCCUGUCGCCGGUGACCUUUUCGCCAGCGGCGGUGCGGGCCAUCGAACAACGUACGAAGCCGGUACAGAGCUUCUAUCUCGACCUCGGCCUGCUGGCCAAAUAUUGGGGUGAUCAGCCGGCCUAUCACCACACCGGCCCGAUCAACAUGAGCUACGCCUUGCACGAGGCACUGUUGUUGGCUUUGGAAGAGGGACUGAAAGAGCGCAUCGCCCGCCACGCCCUCAACCACCGAGCUUUGCGAGCCGGCCUCGAAGCCCUCGGCCUGCGCUACAUCGCCGAGCGUCCGCUGCCGAUGCUCAACGCCGUUGCCGUACCCGCGGGGGUCGACGACGCCAAGGUCAGGGGACGCCUGUUGAACGAAUACGGCCUCGAGAUCGGCGCUGGGUUGGGACCCUUCGCCGGCCGUGCUUGGCGCAUCGGCCUGAUGGGCGCUGCUUCGAGCCGCCGCCACGUACUGCUGGCGCUGGCGGCGCUCGAGUCGAUCCUCGCCGACGAGCCGAUCGAAUUCGACGGCGGCGCCUCCCUCAGCGCGGCCGGCGAGGUCUACGGCUGA